AUGAGCCGAUGGUUGGCAGGCGGGGUGGUGUUGCUGGCGAUGCUGCUUGUCGGCCUGUAUUUUUUCUCCACUGCGAUUAUUGUCCGGGUGGCGUUCGAGCUUGCCGGUGCACAAGGGUUCGAUCUGCAGGAGUUGUCGUUGCAGCGCCCCGGGCUGGAUGGAAUUCGGAUAGACACAGUGGCUGGUGGCGUUGGUGAUGUUCUCAUUAUCGCGGACGAUAUUGUUGUCAGUUAUCACUUGAAGGGGUUGUUGGCUCAAUCGCUUGAUGCGGUUGACAUAGGUAGUCUGCAUGUUCGGGUUAAUGCACCGCAGGCUACUUCGACACCGCUCCCAACAGCGGCCGAUAGUGAGAUUGAUCCUGCAAUUAUUUUCGGCAUCGUGCCUCGGUUAAAGGUGCAGAGAUUGUUGCUGGAGAUUGCGCAGGCGGACUUUGUGGGUGCCGGAAGCCUUAGUCUUGACGGCGACAACGCUUCAUUUGAGUUGGCGGGUGUGGAGCCGGAAUUUGCCAGUAAUCUAUCCGUCUCCGGGUCUGCGCAAUCCAAUACCAGUCUGCAGUUUGCUUUCUUUGACAGAUCCGAGCCGGAUGCACCGUUUCUAAAGUUGAAUGCAAUGCCGCUGGAUGAUGAAACUGAAAUAACCGGGCACUUUGACCUCAGCGGAUACCCCUUAAGUCUGGUGACUGGAUUGCUGGGAUUGCCGGAGGGUAGUGGUCGUGUGCAGGGGCAACUGGCAUCCAGGCUCGAUUCUUUUGACAUAAGCCAGGCGUACCAGUUGUUGCCGCUGGCCGGCAGUUUUCAACUCGACUGGCAGGAUGAAACCGUAGAAGUCGAAGCGCUUCGCGGUCAACUCAGCGGAUCACCGGCCAGUAUGGUGCUGACGUUGGCGGGUGGCAGCAUUGCCUUGUCCGAGGCUGCCGUGCUGUUCACCGUGGAUUCAGGAACAUCUGUGCAGUAUGCGGAUAAUCAGAUCAGUAUCGGCCCGGGUAUGACCGCGAUCCUGCAGGAUGUUGAAGACAUUACAUUUCAGUCCAGGUUGACCCGGACAGUCAUCGAUUUGCGUAAUGCAGAUAUCAGUCUGGAUAGCGACGCGGAAUUUGCAAUGACCAGUUACGGUCUGCAGACCAGGGGUUUGAUCACGGGCGUUUUCCUGAUACCUGCCAGCGGUAUGGUUGCAGAUCUCAAUAUCACAGUUGGUAAUCUGAGUUUUCCUUUACACGUCAACUACAACAGCCUGAGCGGCCGCGCUGACCUGAGUGGUGCAAGCCAAUGGUCUGUGAAGAAUCUCGGCGCAUCCCUGGUGCAGAAGUGGCCCUACGAUUUCGACAUCGUCAGCGGUGAUGUCGAUGUUGCUCUGCAGGCAGUAUGGCUGGACGGCGUUCUCGAUGGACGGGCUGCGGUUGCAUUAGAUCGUGGCAUGGUGCGUUACGACGAAUAUGAAUUACAGCAAACCACAGCUGAGUUGGACUUUGUUCUGGACGACAGUGUUCUGCGUUUGCAGCCUUCAACAAUCAGGGUGGGCGAAUUCGAUUUUGGUUUGGUUGUACAGAACGCAGAAAUGAAGGUGGCGUGGCAGGAUGAUGUGGUUGAUAUCUUCAGCGGUAAAUUCGAUCUGUUAGGUGGUGGUGUGACCAUCAAACCCACGCAAUAUGAUCUUGGCCGGAAUAUGGCAAGCCUGGACAUGGAUCUGGUGAAUAUGGACCUGGCUCAGGUGUUGGCAUUGGAAGGUGACGACAUUAAAGGCGAAGGACGGCUUCAUGGUACGCUGCCGGUCAGGAUCAACGACGGUAAGGUCAGUAUGGAAGGUGGGCAGAUUCGCGCCAGCGAUGCUGGCGGCUUGAUUCAAGUCUCGCCGAAGUUCACUCUCGGCACAGGACAGCCGGGCAUCGAUUUUGCCAUGCAGGCGCUGACCAAUUUCAAUUAUCAGACUUUGACGGCGGUGGCCGACUAUGAAGAAAACGGUGAUCUUCAGCUGGCGGUGAGCCUGCAAGGGCGUAACCCGGAGGUGGAAAAAGGCCGACCGAUCCAUUACAACUUGAAUAUCAGCGAAAAUGUUUUUUCGCUGCUAGACGCGCUUAACGCGCAAAGUGGCGUGACCGAGCGCGUCGAACGCGGUGUGGCGUGUAUGGCAGUGGUGCUGGGUGCCUUGGCGGGCUGUACACCCACCGUCCGUGUAGCUACGGACGAACCCAUUACCAUCAAUCUUAACGUCAACAUCAAACACGAAAUUCUGGUGAAGGUAGAUAAAGAUCUCGACAAUUUAUAUCUGGCAACGACAUUAUUCCUGGCUGCUUCGCUGAGUGUUUAUGCUAUCGACCUGGAUACCGCCAAGGCGGAUGGCUUGGUUGGUGAGCGGGCAGACGGCUAUUUAGGUGCGGUGAGAGAUAACGUCUCGGCGGAAGUUAGCGCGCUUGUCAAUGACAUCAAUGGCAAACGCAAGGCCCAGUAUCAGCGCAUUGCUUUAAAAAAUGAAAUCCCACUGGCGGAUGUCGAAGCCCUGGCGGGUAAAAAGACGAUCGAGAAAACUGAGCCAGGUGGCUGGGUUUUUAUUGAUACCUGGGUUCAGAAGUAG